GUCUGUCCCUUCCUGGAGAGCUGCCUGUUGGUUGUCAUGGUGAUGCUGGGGCCUGAACGACCAAUCAGAAGGCGCGGCGGGGGGGAUUUAAAUACAAGCAGCGUCCGACGUAAGACCGUUACUGACUGCUGGUUCUCCUCGAGAGAAAAGAGAACAGAGGCUUAUGGCGCAGUUUGUAUUUGAGAACGACCUGAACAGCAUCCUGAAGCUGGAUACGCCAAUCACAAACGCUCCGCUGGCACGAUGGCAGCGCAAAGCCAAGGAGGGGACCUGCUCGUCGGCGAACACGUCGGUAAACUCCAGCGUCCUGUCGCCCAUGAAGGCGGCGAACAGAUCCCACAGCUCCAGCAAGACGCCGUCAAAGACGCCAGGAAAAUCGGCAGGUAAACUCCAGGGCACUCCGUCCCGAGCUGGAGGCGACCGCUUCAUUCCCAACCGCAGUACCAUGCAGAUGGACGUGGCCAGCUUCCUGCUCAGUAAAGAGAAUGAGCCGGUGGACCAGUCCCCGACCAAAAAGGAGCAGCAGAAGGCCUGGGCCGUCAACCUCAAUGGGUUUGAUAUGGAAGAUGCCAAAAUCCUGCGUCUUGGUGGGAAGUCCCUGAAUGCCCCAGAAGGUUAUCAGAACAACCUGAAGGUUUUGUAUAGUCAGAAGACAACACCGGGGUCCAGCAAAAAGCCGGGUAGAUACAUCCCCUCCAUGCCGGACAGAGUCCUCGAUGCUCCAGAGAUCAGGAAUGAUUACUACCUGAACCUCAUUGACUGGAGCUCUCAGAACCUUCUGGCCGUGGCGCUGAACGACUCCGUUUACCUGUGGAACUACCUGACGGGAGACAUCAUCAUGCUGCUGCAGAUGGAGAACUCCGAGGAGUACAUCUCAUCCGUGUCCUGGAUCAAGGAAGGGAAUUACCUGGCAGUCGGGACCAGCAAUGCAGAAGUGCAGCUCUGGGAUGUUCAGCAGCAGAAGCGUCUCCGGAAUAUGAUCAGCCACUCGUCCCGUGUCGGCGCCCUCAGCUGGAACAACCACAUCCUGUCCAGUGGCUCCAGGACGGGACACAUCCACCACCAUGACGUCAGAGUUGCUCAGCAUCACGCGGCCACUCUGACUGGUCACACACAGGAAGUCUGCGGCUUGAAGUGGUCUCCUGAUGGCCGCUAUCUAGCCAGUGGGGCAAAUGAUAACCUGGUGAAUAUCUGGCCCUCUGUGCAAGGAGACUCUGGAGAGUUCACACCCGUGCAAACCUUCACACAACACCAAGGAGCUGUCAAGGCCGUGGCCUGGUGCCCGUGGCAGUCUAACGUUCUUGCGACUGGAGGUGGAACAAGCGACCGUCAUAUCAGAAUCUGGAAUGUAUGCUCAGGGACUUGUCUGAACUCUGUGGACACUCACUCCCAGGUCUGCUCCAUCCUCUGGUCGGCGAACUACAAGGAGUUAAUCUCCGGUCACGGUUUUGCGCAGAACCAGCUGGUGAUCUGGAAGUAUCCCACAAUGACCCGGGUGACAGAACUAAAAGGGCACAGCGCCAGAGUCCUCAGCCUGGCACUGAGUCCGGACAGCAGCAUCGUGGCCUCCGCCGCGGCCGACGAGACCCUCCGCCUGUGGAAAUGCUUCGAGGUGGAUCCCGCCACCAAGAAGGAAAAGGAGAAGGCGAGAAGCAGCAAGAGCCUCAUCCACCAGAGCAUCCGCUGAGCCGCUGCACCCUGGAUUUUAACCCUUUGUGUACAUUUGUAUUUUACUCGGAAUAAAACGUUGUUCUAUUUUGUACUA